AUGGAGAUGGAAGAAGAGAAGGAUCUACCUCUGCUAUUGGGAACCCAUUCCUUAGCACACCUAGAGGAUUCAUACUUUUGUGCCACAAUUGAAAGCAAUGAUCUCAGUUCCAAGCCUCCUGAAGUUGCAAAGGUUGUGAAGGAAGGGUACAAAGAACCAAGAGUUGUGAGAGAUAAGGUUGAGAAGGACAAGGAGUUGUUAAAGGAACACGGAUUGAGAAGCCACGCCUUGAGAGGGCUAGAGAAGCGCUCAAAAGGAAGGGGAGGAUGCAGCCUCAAAGGCACUUGUGGGAGAGAAAAGAAAGAACCCAUCAGCUCAGGUUUCCUCAACAAGCCAUCUCAGCUCACUAUGACCUUGUUCCCCACCAAAUUUGAAAAUGGGAAGAUUGAGUAUAAGAUAAGGUACAAGGGGAGAUCAAGACCAUUCUCUAGAGCCAAGGCCUUGGUCACUUCAGAGCAGUCCAGGGAUCCAACCAAGCUAAAGGAGCUUAUGUCUCAAGUCCUCACUAUCACCCUUGAUGGUGGGACUAGCUCAACCAAUGCCUAA